AAUCGAGUAGACUUACAGACAAAUGUAGUAGAAGAAACGGUUGAAAUUGACCACACCGAAUCAAACCUUCUUAAUGAUUCUCUUGAACAAAAUUCUCCGAAAAAAGUUGUUGAAGAAAGUGAAAAAAUUCUUCAGCUUCCUUUGACUCGUAUAAAAAAGUUGAUGAAAUUAGAUCCCGACGUUCACGUAGCUAGUAAUGAUGCCGCUUUCCUGAUUGCUAAAGCGACGGAAAUGUUUGUCAGCAUGCUUGGACAAGAAGCAUAUAAAUUCACCAAGCAAAAUAAAAAGAAGACUAUCCAAAAGAAAGACAUUAAUGAUUGCAUCAGUGCUUGUGAACCUUUAGCAUUUUUAGAAGGCACACUGAAAGAUGAUGUGUAAUCCUUGAUAUGUCAUGUGCAACUUUAACUGUGAAAAAUCUUUUUAGCAUUUUUACUUCCUUAUUAGCUGUAUAUUUUUUGUUCACUUUUUUGUAAUAAAAUUUGAUACAUGUUUUGUCCCUACACCUGAAAAGUUGAAGCUUUUCUUAGACCUGCAAUUGUUGACUUAGAUGUAUGAAAACAUUCUUUUAACUAAAAAUUAUUUAUUCAGUAAAAAUAAAGAAAUUUGUACAUUAUACAAGUUAUGCAUGGAAAAUGAUUGAGAAAAGUAGAA